AUGGACAUGUCAAACUUCUCCUCCGCCGAGCAGGCGCAUAUGACCAAGGUCAUCGAGAAGCGCCAGAUGGCCGACUUCUUGCAGACGUAUUCCAAGAUUGUUGAGCGCUGCUUCACCUCGUGCUGCAACGACUUUACCAGCAAGACUUUGUCGUCGAAGGAGGAAACAUGCGUUAUGAGCUGCACGGAGAAGUUCAUGAAGCACUCAGAGCGGGUAGGGGCGCGUUUUGCGGAGCUCAACGCCGGUGCGUAA